CUAAGGUUAAUCUAGUCUACGUUGUUGGGGAGGUCAAAAUGGGAGUCAUUGUUUACUUGCUGCUCACAGCAAAGGGCAACUGCUGAUUCAAAUGGCAAAGCGCCGACGAGCUAAUGGCGGGGUGCAGAUCGCCAGGCGAGUGACAGGGGAGGUGCAGCGGAACCCCUGCGGCCAGCUUGGAAAUGUUGCUCUGCUCUGCUCUGCUCUGCUUUGCUUUGCUUUGGCUUGCAGCUUUGCUCUGCAGCUUUGCUUUUUUUUUUGUAGGACCCGUAGCCAUUUUAUUAGCGGCUUUGGAGCUCUCACGUCGUAAAUAAAUCUCAUAAAGAAAUUGAGUUUCACCUUACUCCGUCCAACCUCUGCAGUGCACCUUGGUUCAGAGAGGGGGAUGCGCAGAUUCACUUUUACCAAUUGUCUAAAGAUCACCCGAACAUGACAGCGAGGUAUCAUGUCAGGGACAUUCGACAUUCAACCCAUCGGCCGCUUCAGCGGUGAUAGCCAAGCUGUCAAACGCCCCAAAGAAAUCGCUUGUUUCUCAUACGAUGACAACCAUGAAUUCCAUCUGGGUGACUCUUCCUUGAGAUGGUACUACCCGCCUGAGCUAGGCACAGAUUUGUCAGGCGGCUUCGAGAGCUUCGACAAGCACGAUGAUUCUGCUGAUGAGCACUUGGACAGUCUGUUGAGGACGAUCAUCGCCCAUGAGCAGAAAGACGGAAAGAAGAUUGACGCCCAAGUCGUCACGUGGCGCGGCAUGAUGACAAAGAUCAUGUCAACUCUGUUUGAUGACAGAGAUGGCUUCGAGAUGAAUGCAACUCUAUAUCAAGACUGCGUCUUCAUCGAGGAGAACCAUGCGUAUAAGCAGGCUUCACAACAGAAACAACGGCACCAGAACAGCAAGCCUAAGCGCUGGAACAACAGAGGACGGGAUAAUCAACCGCCACCUCCGCAAUUUUCGCCCGAUGUCAUGACCUACUGGGGCAAGUGCACACGCUACAAGUUCGAGACUCUGUCCACCAUACCUGCAACCUGGGCCGAAACCAGCAGAGAAUACAUCGAGAACCGCGACAAGGAGGUUGUGAGCAACAAGGCUCAGUACUGCUCAGUAGUGCGCACAGGACUUGGCAAAACCGUCCUUUGCAUUGGAGGUGAAGUCGACGCUGUAUGGGACACGAAACCUAUGGUGCCCGGCGCACCUACGAAUUGGGUCGAGCUCAAGACUAGUGCCUCCAUCCGCGACGACCGUGACAUGAACAACUUCGAGCGCAAGCUCAUGAAGUUCUGGAUACAGUCCUUUCUGCUCGGCGUUCCUAAGAUCAUCGUAGGGUUCCGGUCACAGGGCGGUAUUCUCGAGAAGAUCGAGGAAAUAAAGACGGAGAGCAUUCCUGUCACUGCUGCUCAGAGAGGCGUGAAAACAUGGAACGCGAACAUGUGUAUUAACUUCGGUGCUGGCUUCUUGGAAUGGUUGAGACGAACAAUCAAUGAUGAGGGUGUCUGGAGGAUCCGGAGACAACCCAAGUCAGGCACAAUUGAUGUGUUCAGAGUGGAGGAGGCUGGCCACGGUAGAAUUUUGACGGAUGAGUUCAUCAACUGGCGCAUCAAGCUCAGUCUGAAAAGCAGCAGUAACGACGAUGCGUAA